AUGCUGUGUGCAAAUGCAGACGGAAGUCACAGAACAAAGUCUGCCAUUGUGGGGAAGUCAAAAAACCCACGUGCUUUGAAAAAUUUAAUGAACAAGCUACCUGUGGUCUACUACAACUCUAAAACAGCUUGGUUUACUGCAGAUAUUUUUGUAGACUGGUUCAAAAAUCAUUUUUGCAAAGAAGUAAGAGAUUUUCAGAUAAGGAAGUGUGGAGUGAGACGGAAUGAUGUCAAGGCAUUACUCUUGGUUGAGAAUGCCCCAGCUCAUGUAGGGCUCGACACAUUAACGUCACAUGAUGGACGCAUCAAAUGUAUGGCCUUGCCUCCCAAUACCACCUCUCUGAUCCAGCCAAUGGAUAUGGGUGUUAUAUAUGCAAUGAAAAGGCUCUACAAACGAGCAAUGAAUAAAGAAAUCAUGGUGGUGUUUGAGUCAGAUGAAGACAAAAGACAAGGAACCGAUUUGCGAGGUCAAGCAACACUGGAACGUUACAAAAAAUACUCAAUUAAGGAAGCCAUUUACAACUGGGCUAAA